AUGGGGAUUCUCGAAAAUCGCAUCGUCAUGCUGUUCUUUGCAUCUGCUGAAUGUGAAAAGUGCCUGGAGUUUGUGCCUGUUCUGAACGACUUCUUUAAGAGACUGAAAGAUCCAGUGUACAUCGAAUACCCGAAACUGCUCGCACUCAUCUACAUCAGUUUGGACCAAUCAGAGGAGAAACAGGACAAAUUCCUCAAAGAGCUGCACAAAAAGGUUCUGUUUCUGGCCUUUGAGGACCCGUACAGGAAGGAACUGCAGACCAUGUUUAAAGUGAAGGAUGUACCAACAAUAGUGGUCCUGCGUCCCGACGGCUCUGUCCUCUCUCCAAACGCUGUGCGGGACAUCUGUCGUUUCGGCUGUGACUGUUUCCAAAACUGGCAGGAAUCGGCCGAGCUUGUUGAAAGGAGCUUCAUGCUCAACGAGGAGUUUGACAACCUUAACUUGCGCAGUGCCACUGACCCUGUGAGGAGGCUCAAGUACAAGACAGAGGACGACAAACGCAAAAAGAGAUGGUGGAAGUUAUGGGGGAAGGGAAAAGAUGGAAAUGAAGAGGAGAAAGAUGGAGCAUGGGAUACCAAGAGAAAUGAGGGAGAUAACAAUACCUGGAGGAUAAGAUGAGGAAAACAUAUAUCAUAUAUCAUAUAAUAUAUUCUGUAUGUUAUCACUCAGACAUUUAGGAGAAAUAUUUUUGUUUUAGAAAUAAAUUUUUAUCUGCUGUUCCAGAAAAUUUAUCAGAAAUGUUAUCAAGAUUAACUGCCAUAAUUCAUAAUUAUGAAUUUAUGAUUUUCAGUCGCAUGCAGUGGUACAGUAGGAAGGUCAUGGGUUUGAAUGCAGCCUAUGUGGAGCUUGCAUGCGCUCUCUGUGUUCGGGUGGUCUGGCUUUCUCCCACACUCCAAAGAC